CCAGAAACCGACUGCAGAUAGAUGGGCCUUAUAAUGAGAGUUUCAUGGACACGGUGAAAAACUGUCCUACUGAAGAUGAUGGCUCUGUAGAAUAUGCAGUUGGGAAGGUUCAUCAGUAUAGAGUUGCAAUGACCGCCAAAGACUGCUCAAUCAUGAUCACGUUUGCUCCUUGCGAGGAAGAUGAGGAACACCAGUUGAAUUUGGAGAAGCCUCGUUUCACGUAUUCCAUCUCCAUCCUGGAUCUGGACCCCAAACCAUAUGAAGGCAUCCCUCACCAGUACAAGCUGGACACCAAAAUCGUCAACUACUACCUGCGGAGCACGCAAGCUCCGCCCCCCUCCAGCCUAUAUAAGGAAAGGCAGGAAGCAGAAAACAACCAGAGGAAUCCAUCCCCAGCUGCUUGA